AUGCACGCCUCAUUCAAAGCCCUCGCUCUCCUCGCCGCCGUCGCCUCGGCGUCCGCGACGAGCUUCAAGCUCAAGGCGCACGUCACCGACUUCGAUCUCAGCCCGUCGCUCGAGGGCAAGGAGGUCACCGUUGAGAACGACACGGGCUACGCCUACCUCACCGCCCCCGGCUCCGGCGCGACGUUCACCGACGCGAACAACAGCAUCGACACCGAUGCUACGGGCCAGGAGUUCCACAUUCACAUCACGCCUGGCGGCACGGCCACCGUCCCCAGCGCCAACGUCGUCACGUUCGGCCCUACCCCGGGAACUCAGGGUGUCGCUGCCGCGAACGGCAAGCUCGCUUACGAGGAUGGGGUCUUCACCGCUUGCCCGGCGAGCGUGUUGCAGAAGGAGGGCGACAACGUUUUGAUCAGCUACAAAUUGGCGGGCCAGCGCACCCUCGCGGGCUGCGCGAAUGUUGAGCUGCAGGAGGCGUGA